AUGAAUAUAAAAAUUAAUCCAUUAACUGGAGGACUUUAAUUUGAAAGCCAUGAUGAAUUAAAAGAAGAAAUUUUAUAAUUAAAGAGCCAUAUAUAAAAAAUGACAUACAUUCCAGUACCUAAAAGUGAUUUGAAUUAAUAUUUUGAUCCCUAAAGAAGUCGUUUGAGUAAUGAAGAAAGAUUUAAGGUAAUAAAAAGUUUCGCAUAAGAAAUAGUUUAGGAAUAAGAAUUAAGAGAAUUAUUGGAAAAAAAAUAAUUUCCCAUAUGUUAUGAUGGAUUUGAACCUUCAGGUAGAAUGCAUAUUGCAUAAGGAAUUAUGAGGGCAAUUAAUGUAAAUAAACUAAUAGACGCAGGCUGUAUAUUCAAAUUCUGGGUAGCAGAUUGGUUCGCUUUAUUAAAUAAUAAAAUGGAUGGUGAUCUAGAAAAAAUAAGAACCGUAGGUUUAUACUUUAUAGAAACAUGGAAGGCAGCAGGAAUGAAAAUGCAUAAUGUCAAAUUUCUUUGGGCUUCUGAUGAAAUUAAUAAGUAUGCUAAUGAUUAUUGGCUUCGUGUUAUUGAUGUUUCUAGAGAAUUCACAAUUUCUAGAAUGAAAAAAUGUUCAUAGAUUAUGGGAAGAGAAGAAAGUGAUGAACUUAGGACUUCUUAAUUAUUAUAUCCUGCUAUGUAAUGUACUGAUAUAUUCUUUUUAGAUGCUGAUAUAUGUUCUUUAGGUUUAGAUUAGAGAAAAGUUAAUAUGCUUGCUAGAGAUUAUUAGAAACUUGGAAAGAAUUUACACUCUCCUGUAAUCGUUUCUCACCAUAUGUUAAGUGGAUUAAAAGAAGGAAUGGCUAAAAUGUCUAAAAGUGAUCCUGAUAGUGCUAUUUUUAUGGAAGAUACAUAUGAAGAAGUUAAAAGAAAAAUUACUAUUGCUUAUUGUAAACCUCAAGAAAUCUAUAAUGACAAAGGAGAAUUUGUUAAUCCUAUUAUGGAUUAUGUAAAAUCUAUUAUUUUUAAUGCUUAUGGAACAUUUACUAUUUAAAGAAAGCCAGAACAUGGUGGAGAUAUAGUUUAUAAUAAUUAUGAAGAUUUAGAAAAAAAUUAUUUAGAUGGAAGUCUUCAUCCUAGUGAUCUUAAACCUGCAGUCGUGGAAGCUUUAAAUAAACUUAUUUAACCUGUAAGGAAUCAUUUUUAAAAAGACCCUUUUGCUAAAUAACUUUUGUAAAAAAUAUAAUUCUGGUAAAAUUAAAAAUUACAAUAAAAAAAGUUAGAAUUACAAUAAUAAUAAUAAUAAUAAUAAUAAUAAUAAUAAUAAUAAUAAUAAUAAUAAAAAUAAUAAUAAUAAUAUUAAUAUUAAUAAUAAAAAUGA